GUGACAGUAUAAAGGCAGUAACUUGGGGUGCUGUGUUUAGAAGUAGACCUGGACUCUGGCAUCGUUUGGUCACAGCUGACCUGUGAAGAUGAACUACAGUUUUGUGGACAGUGCGCAUGGCUUCCCCAGCAAUGCGGUCAUGGCGGGCAUUCAGAAUGACGAAGCUGGAAAACACUGGGCCGCUGUAGCCAACACGCCAUAUGGACCAAUCGGUGGCAAGGCGAAAGGGGGCACCUGCUGGUAUCCCUUUGACGGAGAAGAGAACACCACAGAGGACUUCUCUUGGCUGACAGCACCAGCAGGAAGCGUGAAAAAAGUCAACAACUGCGGCACUGGCCCUCCACCUGGUGCGAUAUCUUAUGGGCAGCAAAACGACGACAACAGAGAAUACUUCGCAGCACAAGCGGAUUCUGUUUGGGGGAAGAUUCCCGGCAAAGCCAGGGACAACACGUGCUGGUACCCGUAUGACGGCAAGGAAUUCACCACGUCCGACUUCUCCUGGCUUACAACCAAAAAGUAGAUAAAAGAUUAGAUUAUGGGUAUUACACCGGCUUAAAGGACUUCACUUUGCUUACAUUUAAUGGAACUAAUUUUAUGUUUUAGUGGACUUCGGCAGAUCUGUAUCAUUUACGUAGAUAAGUAGAGACACGAAUAUUCAUGUACAUGUAUUUCUUUCAAAAAAAGAAAUUAUACCCCCUGUUUCUUUAGACUGUGUUUGUAUCCGAAACCCGAUGAGACUAUUUCAAUGUAAUUAUGGGAAGUUUUAGGCACCAAAUGUUAUCGUUUAUUCAUUGCUAUAGACUCCCCUGAACAAACAGUUCCUUGGGUAGUCAACCUUGUUAAGCCCUACUUAUUCUGUGUUAACAUCUGGCGAAAAAAACAUUUCGUAGAUGAUUUUACAAUAAUCGAAGAAAGAGCUUGCAAUAGAGUGGAACGUUUUGCGAACUUCUAUUGCUUUAGCACAGAUCAGUAACCUCGCAAUUAUUCUGUGAUUUAGUCAUGUUUCCUAAUGCAGAUAAUCCAUGCAAUUUGUUGAUUUUGUUUUUAAAAGAGCUAAAACUGUUUAGAAGAUAAAUAUCUCCUUUAACUAAAGUUAACCGGUCUAUAUUUUGUAAGAAUUCCCUAUUGCGCAUUAGGGGAUUAUCUCCUCUAGCUAUAGGCGUAGUAUAGAGCUUUGUCACACGUGACCUUGCCAUGCUGUACAUCGUUUCGUAUUAAAGCUGUAUCACUUAGAGUGAGUGAUUAUCUCCCUUA